AUGGCCUCCCGCACAGCUCUCCGGGGCUUUUCCCGUUCAUUGAACCCUUCAAGAUGCUCUCCAACUUUCGUCCGUCCCUUUUCCUCCACCAAUGCCUCUUUCAAGAAAUACGAAACCCCUACGUCUGAUCGCCCUACCCACUUUGGCUAUGAGACUGUCACCGAAGCUGAGAAGCAGCAGCGUGUUGCUGGUGUGUUCACCAGUGUCGCGGAGACCUAUGAUAAGAUGAAUGAUUUCAUGUCCUUGGGUAUUCAUCGUCUAUGGAAGGACUACUUUAUCUCCUCGCUGAACCCUGGUGCUACGAACCCCCCUGGACAGUCUCAGCGCAUUCUCGAUGUCGCUGGUGGAACUGGUGAUAUUGCCUUCCGUCACCUUCAGCACGCCCACGAGUUCAAUUGCAAUCCCAAUGUCUCCGUUAUCAUUUCCGACAUCAACCCCGACAUGCUGGCCGUCGGCCGCCAGCGUUCCCUUGCCCUUCCCGCAUCCCACCAAUCCGCUCUCUCUUUCCUAGAGGCCAACGCAGAAGUCCUUCCUUCUCAGAUCGAGGAUAACUCUCUCGAUCUCUACACUGUUGCCUUUGGUAUUCGCAACUUCUCCAACAUUCCUGCUGCGCUGAAGGAAGCUCAUAGAGUCCUCAAGCCCGGCGGUGUAUUCGCCUGUCUUGAGUUUUCGAAGGUUGAUAAGCAUCCCAUCUUUAACACCAUCUACAAGCAGUGGUCUUUCAAGGGAAUCCCCCUGAUCGGUCAACUCGUGGCGGGAGACCGCGAUAGUUACCAAUAUCUUGUGGAGAGUAUCGAGAGGUUUCCUAGUCAAACCGAGUUCAGGGACAUGAUCAAGAAUGCCGGUUUUGUUGUUGCUGGUGAGGGUUAUGAGGAUCUUACCGGUGGCAUCGCCGCUAUCCACAAGGGCAUGAAGCCUGUAUAA